AUGAAUCGAUGUAAGCAAGCUUCGGAGCUGGUGCUGAAGAAAUUGAAAUUACCAACUGCUUACAAUAAUGGGACUGGUCCUGUCCUGCCAAACGCGAGUGGCGUCAGUCUAUCGUCGCCGAGAGCUAGGCAAUUGGCUCUUAAAAAGAAGUUGGAAGACUGCAACAACACAUUUAUCACCGAUGUGAGGCCUCGGGAACGCUGGGACCAGAAUCAGGAACGGCAGAAUUUAGCAACCGCCGCCGCAAAGGUAAAGGGUUGCAACCGAAUUGUACAACGGUUUCAGAAUGUUCACAAGAUCUAUUCUCGAGAAUCGCAUGUCUACCAGUGCGAUUUCUUCCGACUGAUGUAUUUCCCGCCUGAUCACUUUUUAUCAAUGUUUCGCAAAAGUAAACCUGCAGUGAAUGUAAGAACUGUUGGGCAGGUUUUCCUCAAUGGUAGUGGUUCAAGCGGGGAUGGGAGCGCUGGCAAGGCCUUGUUCCAGCGAAAUAGUCAGAAAAAUGGAUUUCUCAGGACUCAGAGUACGGCAAAUAGUCUGGGUAGAUUGUUCGAAAGCAACCCAUCCAAUAUCCCGCGAAACUAUGCGUUUCUGAGAAGGAAUCUGCGAGUAUCGCUGCGCAAAUGCUUUAUCAAGGAGUGGUGCGCGCUGAGUGGUGACCUUGCAGUGCAGGAGGCGCUAUCAUCCGGAGGUGCUGGCACCAGAUACACGGAUCCAGACGGGCGGAGCCGAGUUGGAGUUGCCAAGGAUGGUUACUACAUGUACCAGGUGCUAAUAUUCCCUGACAGAGAGACCAAAAAGGAAUUUGAAUCCUGCGUUAAGGAGAGUGUUCAGGUUGUGUCGCGACUGGACUGGGACGAGUUUUUGAAGCCUCAGUCAUCCAAGGCGGGAGGCAAGACCUGGGUACAGCUUGCCAAUGACCGCGUGAGGGUUCAUUCCCUGAACAAAUCUCUGGAGAGCAACGAGAUACCCUUCGCGGUGAAAAGAUUGUGGUAUUAA